AUGCUCUCUUAUAGCAACAACUCCCUCUCUAUUGAAGUCUCUGAUUUCCUCCUGAACUGUUUUGUUAAAUCUCCCAACUGGCAGCAAUGGUUGUCCCUGCCCCUCAGCCUGCUCUUCUUCUUGGCCAUGGGGGCGAAUGCCACCCUCCUCAUCACCAUCUACCUGGAGGCCUCCCUGCACGAGCCUAUGUACUACCUGCUCAGCCUCCUCUCCCUGCUGGACAUUGUGCUCUGUCUCACUGUCAUCCCAAAGGUCCUGGCCAUCUUCUGGUUUGACCUCAGGCCCAUCAGUUUCUCUGCUUGCUUCCUCCAGAUGUUCAUUAUGAACAAUUUCCUGCCCAUGGAAUCAAGUACCUUUCUGGCUAUGGCCUAUGACCGCUAUGUGGCCAUCUGCAAGCCUCUACGUUAUCCAUCCAUUAUCACUGACCAAUUUGUGGCAAAGGCUAUUGUCUUCAUCUUGACCCGGAAUACAUUUCUCACUGCACCUAUCCCCAUCCUUUCUGCUCGACUCCAUUAUUGUGGCAAAAAUAUCAUUGAGAACUGUAUCUGUGCCAACCUGUCUGUGUCCAAGCUCUCUUGUGACAAUGUUGCCCUUAACCGAAUCUACCAGUUAAUUGUGGCCUGGACUCUUCUGGGUUCUGACCUCAUCCUCAUCUUUCUCUCCUAUGCUUUUAUCCUCCGAGCUGUUCUUAGACUCAAGGCAAAGGGGACAGCUGCCAAAGCUCUGAGUACAUGUGGCUCCCACUUUAUUCUCAUCCUUUUCUUCAGCACUAUCCUGCUGGUUUUUGUGUUCACCCAUAUGGCGAAGAAAAAGGUUUCCCCUGAUAUUCCUAUCUUACUUAAUGUCCUGCACCAUGUAAUUCCAGCUGCUCUGAAUCCCAUUGUCUAUGGUGUAAGAACUCAGGAGAUUAAACAAGGGAUUUGCAAAUUACUGAGGAGAGCUGGGUGA